UGAGCGACGAUUUUCAGCUGUUCCCCACCACCUCAACUCCCAUCCCUGCUGUCAGUCGUCCAAUGAGUAAAUUUAUGACCCUGAAGCCAAUUGCUCUGUCUUUCUACAACCAGAACACAACGAGUGGCAGAAGGGAAUAGACACCUCAAAUGGUAAGAUCAUGCACAAAAUAUGAAAUAUUUGUGAGACUUUAUUUAGAUGCAAUCACAGGAAGCAACUAUGGAUAGGUCUCAAUGCCGCAUUGGAUUACUGGGGGAGUUGGCUCCUUUUGAAUGCUACCAUCGAGAAUCCGGGUACCCUAUUUGUGAGGUAAUGACGAAGCCCUGAGACGGUGCAACUGCCUCACCGUGCCUCCAGGCAUUGUCUUCACAGUUGUGGGAAUUUGUCAAUUGAUCUGUCUCUAGUUUCCUGGACUUGCACUGUGACGAAUCCACAUCAUGAGAUGGAUAGCCACUCAUCGUUCGAUCCCAUACUCACAUAGCGAUUCUUUGAGGAUCGCUUGCCGGCUUUCCACUGAAAGGUUGUUUGGCAUUGCAAAUGAGCCCUUCCGAUUACGAAGUUUUUGGCAUUGGUGUUGUCCACCUCAAGGAGUUGCAAUGCAAGUUGCAAAUUUCUUUCUACAAACCAGGUUUUUUAGGUAUGGACUUGUCAAAUUGACCUUUGCAGCAACUGUUGGUUAGCUCCUCCUAUCCUCGUAGCGGUUCUCGUUUCGGAGGGAGGCCGGAGGGAGUCCGGACGGAAUGAAUUUCACGAGCGGCUUGACUUUAGUAAUUCAAGUAUAGAGAACACUGCAUUUUCAUAGGAACUGAACGCUUGAGUGUCAAUUAAAAACUCGUGAUCUUCCGCAAGUUUGGUAUUCCUAUUACGCAGUGGCCGCUACUCGGCAUAGUGUAGAAGUAGCAGUAGACUUUAUGAAGAAGCCGAUACUAUGUGUGCUCCGAGAUAAUCUCGUUCGUCAGCAAGAGUUUCUAAAAAAAAUCAACAGCGGAAAGCAUCGCAUAGAGAGUAUAGUGAGGGAGUAGAGAUAGCCAAGAUGGUGCUGACUCUGAAGCAUACUGCGCCGAGACUACUACAUCUAAGCCUCUUACUUCUGGCACUACAUUACCGGCUUUGUGAGGCGUUGAACUCUGAAGGGCUACUACUACAGUCCUUCAAGCAACGCCUGACUGAUCCUUCAGGCGUUCUCAGCAACUGGAAUGCUUCAGAUGAGACUCCAUGCAACUGGAAAGGUGUCGUUUGCCGAAAUUCGACCAACGCCGUCGCUUUCAUAGAUCUCCCGUACGCGAAUCUCACGGGGACCAUUUCUUCUCAGUUAGCCGGUUUGAAGCAGCUAAAACGCUUAAGCCUCCUAAACAAUCAAUUCCGCGGGAAAAUUCCUGAGUCUUUCAGCAACCUCACAAGCUUGGAAGUCUUGAAUAUGCGCAGCAAUGCUAUCUCCGGGAACAUCCCAGCAACUCUGGGAUCACUGAAGGACCUCCGCCUUAUGGAUUUGUCGAACAACGAGCUCGAAGGUCCAAUUCCUGAAAGUUUUAGUGCGAUGAUAGGGUUACUUUAUCUGAACUUAUCCAACAAUCUUCUUGUCGGAAGAGUUCCAGAGGGAGCUCUCCGGCGCUUCAAUACAUCCUCCUUUGUCGGGAACACCGAUCUAUGUGGAGGUGAUAUACAAGGGCUGUCUUCGUGUGAUUCAUCUUCCCCACUUGCCCCUGCUUUGGGACCCUCCCGAUCAGCGUCGUCCAGCAAGUCUUCUUUUAGCGCGGCGCAGAUAGUUCUCCUGUCGGUGGGCUUGUUCCUCUCUUUUAAAUUCGUCAUUGCAGUGCUCAUCAUCGUGCGUUGGAUGAGGAAGGAUAGCAACAUCGAAAUCGAUCUCGGAUCGGGCGGGAAAUUAGUAAUGUUCCAAGGGGCUACGAUGGACCUCCCUUCGUCCAAGGAAAUGUUACGUGCCGUGCGCCUGAUUCGCAAGAAACACAUCAUCGGAGAGGGCGGUUACGGAGUCGUCUACAAAUUACAAGUGAACGAUCAUCCGACCUUGGCAAUUAAGAAGCUCAAGACAUGCUUAGAGUCGGAGCGUAGCUUCGAAAACGAGUUGAGCACUCUCGGAACCGUGAAGCACAGGAAUUUAGUGAGGCUGCGGGGUUUCUGCUCAUCUCCCUCAGUGAAGCUACUAAUCUUCGACUAUCUGCCAGGCGGCAAUGUCGAUCAACUCCUCCACGGCGAGAAGGAGGAGAACGUUGUGGUGGAUUGGUCGAUUCGGUACCGGAUAGCGCUCGGGGUGGCUCGCGGCCUCGCAUACCUUCACCACGCCUGUGAGCCGCGCAUCAUCCAUGGCGAUAUCAGCUCAUCUAACAUACUUCUCGACACCGGGUACGAGCCCUAUCUUUCCGACUUUGGGCUAGCGAAGCUGGUGACCACUACUGACACGCACGUGACCCUCAACGUGGGCGGCACAUUCGGCUACGUCGCACCGGAGUUCGCCAAAUCGGGCCGGGCCACGGAGAAAGUAGACUCGUACAGUUACGGCGUGAUCUUGCUGGAGCUUCUUAGCGGGCGGAGGGCAGUGGACGAGUCCCUGGCGAAUGAGUACGCCAACCUCGCGGGCUGGGUCCGGGAGCUUCACAUCGCCGGCAAAGCCAAGGAAAUCGUCGAUCAGAAUCUGAGGGACACAGUCCCAAGCGUGGACCUGGACCUGGUGCUGGAAGUCGCAUGCCAUUGCGUCUCCCUGGAUCCCGAAGAGAGACCCCACAUGAGCAAAGUAGUGGAGAUGCUGGAGCUUCUCUCAGUGUCUGGGUUGUCACCCGGCUGCGCGUCGAUCCGGACAUCGCUGGAAGCACUGGAGAGAUCCGCAUCUUGCAAGCCCUUGGUCUCCGACGUCCCAGGAUUUCGACCAGUCGGCAGCUACUUCAUUUUUGAUACAUAAUGAACAGUUUUCGAAUGUCUAGAUCGACAUUGCACGGACAAAUCUUGCAAAGAGAGUCGUACCAUACGGCAAAGUUGCCACCGACAGUGGAUAAAACUGAGGGAGAUUCACAAUACACCAACAACGCAAUUAAGAGUACAUUCUAUUUUACUUCCGUGAUUAGUGUCUCGACUGUAAGAGAUAAAGUACAGAUCAGCAGCGGCUAAUCGAAGUUUCAGUUGUUCUAAAUUAGGGUUCGGAUAACAUGUAAACUACUUAGCUUUGUACACGUGUCGUUAUCUAAAGACACGAUGAAACAAUGAUUCUCUUGUCCAACGUGAUGAAUGUUCUAGAACAGAAAGUGGAGGGGUGCGUUUCAUAUUAACACUCCCUCUCACGCUCAACUUUCACACGCGCAGCAUGUUACCACACAGAUUUAAGUUGUCUAAAGCUGUUCGGGAGUUGUUGAUACAGGUAGACGAUCUAAAAACAUUAAGUUUCUUGUUCUCAUCGUUAAGAAUGCUUGUUUAGAGUUUUCUCA